CCAGCGGUUUUCAUUGGAAACGGAAAACUUGGGUGCGUCCUGUGACUGUGUGUCUGAGAAGUGCGGACCGUGCGAUCAUAAUCAAAGGCUCGUCUCCUCCGAGUGCCGUGGCUAUUUGGGGGCUGUGCGGGUCGGUCCCGCUGGGACUCGAUAUGCUCUGUCUCCUUCCAGACGAUGGUGGUCCGCCAAGAUCCACCGUCCAUCCAGAGAGCGGCAGUGAGUCUGGCGGGUGGUGGAAAAGCAUCUCCCUGCGGCACUCGUCCCACCCGCUAACGAACAACCCGUUACUCCUGGUUCUCUGUAUCUUUCUUUGCUUUUCCGGCGUGAUACGGCCUUCCGGCGGCCUCUUCGAUCGCCGAAGUUGUUGGUUAUGGGCUUGUGGGAUUUGGGUACGUUGGGAGUGGUGGAAUGCUUCGUUUUCUUAGAGAACCGGUCCUGCACAUCAGCGAAAGAAGCCGGGAAUUGGUGUAGAAGUGGAAACAGAGUACGGUUUCCUUUUUUUUUUUUUUUUUUCUUUUCCUUGUUCUUGUGCGAGCCUUGGUUUUACUUUCUGCAAUUGAUUGUUGGUUUCUUGGCAUUCGUGGUACUUGGUCUCUCUCUCUCCUCCCACCAACCCAACCCCGUACCCUUCAGCUUAAAAAUGUUACCAAAUCAUAAAAAUGAAGUUCAGGUUACAGAUGUUAUUUCCAGUAUACGUGAAGGCUAACUGAUAUGCAAUCUCAUAUUUGUCUCCCUUUAUCAGCAUCUGCCCAUUCUUACACUAUUGAUCAGUUGUUUGGGACUGCCUGUCAGUAGUACUGAAUGAAUUGCCUAGAACUUCUGCUGCUAGUUAUGCAGCAAAAAUCAAACAGUUAACACAUCAGAGUGUUACUUACUCUUUUACAAGUCUUUUGAUGUUUUGACAACUGGAACUGAGACGAUUUGAGUGUUUGUGCCAUUGAGUAGCAGCGCGUCCAGAGGAUCUUGUAUGGAUUCAAGGAAAGAGGCCAUGGGUUCUUAUGUGGCUACUAAAGCAAGUGUUCCUAGUGGAAAUGAGUUUGUGCAUAAAGGUGUCAAUCCCAUGGAACCAUAUGUAGGUAUGGGGUUUGAAAGCGAGGAGGCUGCAAGGAUAUUUUACAAUGAAUAUGCUAAAUGUGUGGGAUUCAGCAUGCGUGUGGAUAUUGUUCGACGGUCAAGACGUGAUUCACAAACUAUUGGUCAACAAUUUGUGUGUUCGGAAGGAGGCUUCCAUUCAAGGAAGCGUCCUAUCGCAUGGGAAGGUUGCAAAGCCAUGAUCAGAUUAAAAAAGGAGGAUUCUGGUAAAUGGGUUGUAACAAGAUUUGAGAAGGAUCAUAAUCAUGAGUUGGUACCACCAGGCAAAGUUUCUCUACCUCGGCCACAUUUUCAGAUGGCUUAUGUUGCAGACAAUAUUAGCAACAAUUAUGGCAAAGCAGGGAUUUGUCAGAGCAUAUCUCAUGUGGGAGAAAAAUCUGGAGGAUCAAACAUUAUUGGCUUCAAUUCAAUAAAUUCAACAAAUUCUAUUCCAGCUGCUUAUAAGAGGAGGACUCUUGAAAGAGAUGCUCAGAACGUACUAGACUAUUUCAAACAUCAGCAGGCAAUGAAUCCUGCGUUCUUUUAUGCAAUUCAGGCUGAUGAACAGGAUCAUAUUACAAAUGUCUUUUGGGCCGAUGCGCGAUCCAAGAUGGCAUAUAGUUGCUUUGGUGAUAUGGUAACAUUUGAUGUUACUUACAGGACAAAUGUGUAUGGCAUGCCAUUCACACUGUUUACAGGUGUCGACCAUCAUAAACAUGCUGUUUUGUUUGGCUGUGGGCUUCUUUUAGAUGAAAGUGAAGCUUCACUUGUUUGGUUGUUUAAUACCUGGCUUAAAGCUAUGUCUGGACGAUACCCAGAUUCACUAGUAACUGAUGAAAGUCCUGCAAUAGCAGCAGCCAUGGCAUUUGUAUUUCCAAGGACUCAUCACCGUCUUUGUAAGAGGCAUAUCCUAAGAAAGUUUCCUGAUAAAUUGGGAGAUGUUGGACGUGCUAGUAGUGGUUUGAGAGAGGACUUCUUUAAGUGCAUCAACAUGACUGUGGCAAAUGACGAGUUUGACUCACAGUGGCGAUCAUUCAUUGAUAAAUACGAGCUUCAAGAUAAUCAAUGGCUUCAAUCGUUGUACAAAAACCGUGAUAAAUGGAUCCAAGUAUACUUUCAGGACGUACUGCUUGACAAUAUGCCUAAGACCCAAAUAAGUGAGACCAUUAGCAUGUUUUUUGAUGUUGAUGAUCAUACAACAUUAAUGUCAUUUAUUAAUCAGUGUGAGAAUGCUGUAGAUAGUUGGUAUGAAAAGGAACUUGUACAAUACUACAAAACAGGGGACAUGAAACCAUAUCUUAAGAUGGGUUUUCCAAUGGAAAACCAAGUGGCUGAAAUUUAUACCAAGACAAUCUUUUUAGAGUUUCAAGAACAACUAGUUCAAAGCCUUCGUCAUAUAGCAGAAAUGAGUAAAGAGGAUGGUCCCAUUAGCACAUUUAAGGUUGUAGAAUUUGGGACAACAAAGGGUGAACAUACUGUAACAUUUAAUGCUCUGGAAGUAUGUGCCAUUUGCAGCUGCCAGAUGUUUGAGUAUGCGGGGAUACUUUGCCGACAUAUAUUAAGAGUCUUCAUUGUUAAAAAUGUCAUGCUACUUCCCCCACACUAUAUAAUCAAGCGGUGGACCAGGAAUGCGAUGAAUGGUGAUCUACUGUAUGACCCAGGAAGUGCAAUUCAAAUUGGUUCCCUGGAAGCUCGGACUUCACGUUAUGAUGAUCUUUGCCGUGAGGCCAUCAACUUUGCUGCUGAAGGGGCAUGGAAUUUGGAUAUUUGCAAAGCUGCAAAAUCUGCUCUACAGAAGGCUUUUGAAGAGAUGCAUGCUGCAAAAGAAAAGGUUGGAAUAGUUGUACAACAUACUUCUCCAGUUGUUGGAAGCAUUCAGGAUGCCAGCAUAUGCGAAAGGGAUUGACCACAUGAUGCUGGCAUCACUUGUACAAUAAAAUGAUAGAUGUGUUCCAGAAAGGUGGUUUACUUUGGAGAAUAUGAGAAGAUUUUGGGGGUCCUAAUUGACCAAUUGUUGGGCCCACUCAAGUCUCAACAUUCAAAUGAAUGUAUUCGUCAUGAUAAGAUGUCCCAAUCAUCCUGGGUUCUCUGCAGAUGUCUCUUUGGUAUAAGUUUCAAAGAGGUUUUACAAGCCUUCAAUGGACGAACGUUAAGUAGCUCUUACAUACUUCUGCUUGUGGCUUCUACUGCAGUUGCCAUUGUUUCGUUUAAUGUUAGAAGGCAAGUGAAUAUCUUAACUGGAUGAGUUUUCUUUUGUGUGUAAAUAUCUUAGGGAGCUAUUGGGUAUUAAGCUGCUAACGUCUAAUCUUGUCAAAAGCAGUCUUCUCUCACAGGUGUAUAUAUAUUCAUGUAUCUGAAGUGUUUUCAAGGCAUAAGACAGAUUUGUACCUAUUUUUUCUGAAGGCAAGUUUUUCUGGCCGAGUUACAAA